AUGAGUCAGUUUCUGCAGGAGGAGGCUGUGGGGGACCGUAUUGAAAGCCUUGGAGAAGUCCAGGUAGACAAUGUCCACCACUUGCCCUGCAUCAACCAAGCCGGUUACUUUGCUGUAGAAGGUGAGGUUACAGUGCAAACUGGAGAUCUGCUGCCAUGUAAGAUUUGUGGAAGGACUUUCUUUCCAGCAGCACUGAAAAAGCAUGGACCCAUUUGCCAAAAAACUUCUGCCAAGAAAAGGAAGGUAUUUGAUUCCAGCCGACAGAGAGCAGAAGGAACUGACAUUCCCACAGUAAAGCCUCUAAAGCCACGGCCAGAACCACCCAAAAAACCAUCCAACUGGAAACGAAAACACGAGGAAUUUAUAGCAACUAUACGAGCAGCCAAAGGACUUAAUCUUAAAGAUGGUGGAAAACUCCCUCCUCCACCUCCACCAUCAUAUGACCCUGAUUACAUUCAGUGUCCAUACUGUCAGAGAAGAUUUAAUGAAAAUGCUGCUGACAGACACAUCAAUUUCUGCAAGGAACAAGCAGCACGAAUUACUAAUAAGGGGAAAUUGGCAGCUGAUACCAAAGGAAAGCUUCCUACUAGACCACAGUACAAACCUGCUGCAGUUAAGAAGAUGCCUUCUGUAGGAUCAGCACCACCAUCAUCAUCACGGUUACCACAGCCAAGUGGUGUUAGCAAAACUGUUGUAGGUGUUUCUUCAAGUAAAGCACCAUCUUUGCCUGGAUGCAGUGGGAGCAAAAUUCAGACAUUAUCACCAGCUCAUAAAAACUCAUUGGGAAUGGUGAACUCACAAGCAGGUAAGAUGGGCAAGUUAAGCCCAUCACUGCAAACUGGAAGAGAUGUGCAAAAGAUUUAUGACACUGAUACAAAAAAAGACAGUGCCAUCAAAAGACCAAAUGAGUUGUUGCCUUUGAACAUAGGUGCAACAAGAACACGGACAUCAACCCCUCCUAGUGUGGCAAGAACCAUGAGCUCAGGUGCUCUACCAAAUAAAAGAAAAACUAGCAAUGCUGACUCAAGGUCUGAUGGUAAAAUUGGAUAUGACAGUGGAGACUGCCCAUCCUCAGUCAAUGGAGGAAAUUCAUCUGUACAGUUACCAAAGUUCUGUCAUGAAUGUGGAACAAGGUAUCCAGUGGAAUGGGCGAAGUUUUGCUGUGAGUGUGGAAUUCGAAGAAUGGUUGUAUGA